AUGGAGUUUAGGCGGGUAACUUCUCUGUUGUUGCAAAUACGAAGGUGCCGCCCAAUGAGAUGGCAGUGUAAAGUCUGGAUUCAGAGCAACAACAAAAGGACACAGUGCACUCUUCAGUUGAGAGGACCAGAGAGGUUGUCCUUUGGUGUCUUAUGGAAUACCUUGGAGAACAAGGGGACCAUCUCAUCAAAGAAUUCAACGACACUGAGAACUGACACUGUGACCUCAACGCCUGGAGCUUCUGCAAACGACAGGCCCAAGAACGUUGGAAUUGUCAUAGAGGGUGUGGAAGUCAUCACAGGACUUGGAGAUAUUGCACGGGCUUGCUCUCCGCCGGAUACUUCUCUAGAUCACAUGGAGCAGACCUUUGCGGCUCUACAGAAAGUGCUUUUGUCCAUGGCGGAGGCUGCGCUGGCGUGUGGAUGGGCGUCUGGGGAGGCCGGCCUGACCGCGGCGGCCCUAGGGAAGCGUGCGGGUAAAUGGAAGAGAAAGUGGAGCUGA